CAAAGCUGUCUCGCUCCUCCUACUCCCUUUUCCUCGCCACCUCCUCUCGCUGCACUUUACAGACGCUCUCCUGCUCAGCUGCAGCCCGGAGCUGUUGUUUGGGACGCUCCGGCGUGGAUGCGGUUUCAAGAGUAAGGUAAGAACUGCGUGUCCUGGCAGGAGCGGGGGGUUGUGAGAGACAGUCUCGGUCCCCUGCACACACCUUGACUUGAUCCUUGCCCAUCGCUACCCCCGCUGCUGGUUCUCGGGAGAUCGGCCCCCCCAAGCAUCCCGUGCGUAAUGCUCCCCAAGUCUCGGGGCGCAGCGCCGAGGGCGCACGGGGGUCCUUUGGCGUCUCCAAAGUCUUGGCGCGGGCGUCGCCACCACCGACAUUUGGGGACGGGGAGGGAGGAAUCCUUCGUCACAGGGCAGCAGCCGGGGCCAUUUUGGAGUGGUGGUGGGCUCUGCUUUUUUUUGGCCAAAGGCCCGAUUUGAUGGAGGGUAGCGGGUGGGGCGGAGAGGGAGGGUUACAGACCCCCCCUCCAUCCCAGGCAAUUCCUUGACGUCGUCUCGAGCCGGCCUGCCUUAGGGAGUUUGCGUGGGAGAAGCUUGUAUCUGGUUACUAGCGAGAUUCUAGUAGGAUGCAGGGAAACGGGAGGAGGAGGAGGAGAGAGAGAGAGGCCUUGCUGUGGCCAGUUGGUUUGGAGUCGGAGAGAAGGCGAGCAAGUCUGGGCAUCAUUGAAGGACCAAGUAAUGGCAAUGAGGAAACGGGUAGGUGGGCAAAGGUCAAUGACUGGCGGGGGAAGGAAGGCAAAUGCCAUGAAGAUGUUAACUGUGGGGCCUGGAUAGGCGGUGCUAGUCACCUGUCGGACUCCAAGAGGUGGCUCAGACCAAGAUAAUUUGCGGCCGGAAACAGCUGCACCUCCGGAUCUCAAGAGGUGUGCCCCCAAAUGCAUUGCAAUGUCCCAGAGGAUGCUAGGAGGGACACAACACCCUGGUUGCUUCCCUGGCACCCCUAAGAAUAUUGUGACUUCCCUUCUCUCCACUGGUUGAGUUACUUGUCAGUUGGCUUUUGCUUCAAAUUUUGGUUUCCAGAAGCUGAGCUUUUUGGGUUUUAGGUAAGCAUGUUAGAGUCUGUGUGACAAGGAGGGAGUGGCCAAGCCAAGGAAUAGAGAACUGGAGCCUGCAAGUAACAACUAGACUUUAUCCACCUGGAUUGAUGACCUACUUUGGCAAACCCCCAUGUGCAUGUGCGUACACACACACACACACACACACCACACACACAGGCUGGGAGCCUCAAUGGAGCUCCUCUGGAGGCUUCACCCGGGGCAAAAAAAAAACCUAGUUAGCCACCACCCUGCCCCCCACCGCCCCAGUAGCUAUGGAGCUGAGCAAUGUAUUUAUUAAUAGCUCAGUUGGUAGAACAUGAGACUUUAAAUCUCAGGGUUGUGGGUCUAAGCCCCACUUUGGGCAAAAGGAUUCCUGCAUUGCAGGGGGUUGGACCAGAUGACUCUUGCUGUCCCUGCCAACUCUACAGUUCUAUGAUUCUAUUCUAUAUUUAUGCCACUUCUUUCCAUGGAAAUAUGAAACUCAAGGCAACUUGCAACAGAUGCAUCUUUCUAUCUAUCGAUAACUGGUUGUAUUGCCGGUUGCACAUUUUAAUCCAUUUGGGAAAAUGCUGUAGCAAAUGCAAUAAUAUAUCAACAUACAGAAAGGAUUGUAACAUGCAGUGGGUUUUUUUAUUAGUAAUUGGUUAUUCUACUGCAUUAAAGAUAAUAAUUGUAAGCUGCAUCAAUACAUAGAGAAUGCAUUCUGCAGUGUUGGGAGCUGGUUAAGAGUCUAGCUGCUGAAAUAUUGGGGGCUGGAUCUGAAAAGAGAUUGGAUCCCAUCCCUAUAUAAUGGUCUGCUAUUAACAGGUGUGCAUUGUAUUGUUGACUGAGGUUGGACAAGAGAGGUGUGUAUGUGCAUUUAUGCAAGUUAGUGGCAGAAUGGGAACUGAACUGAAUGGAAGCGGGGUUCUAUCUCUCCCCCAUCCCCCAAACUGCCACCCACAUAGGUAAAGGGACCCCUGACCAUUAGGUCCAGUCGUGACCGACUCUGGGGUUGUGGCGCUCAUCUCACCUUAUUGGCCGAGGGAGCCGGCGUACAGCUUCUGGGUCAUGUGGCCAGCAUGACUAAGCUGCUUCUGGCGAACCAGAGCAGCGCACGGAAAUGCCGUUUACCUUCCCGCCGGAGUGGUACCUAUUUAUCUACUUGCACUUUGACGUGCUUUCAAACUGCUAGGUUGGCAGGAGCAGGUACUGAGCAACAGGAGCUCAUCCCGUUGCGGGGAUUCAAACCGCCGACCUUCUGAUCAGCAAGUCCUAGGCUCUGUUGUUUAUCCCACAGCGCCACCUGCAUCCCGCCACCCAGCCAUUAAAUUUGCAAGCAUAGCUAAGCCCUAAACAAUUUUUGUACUUGUGUCCAAGUCUAGUUUGUGUGUGGGUCCCUCUUAAAGAAACAUCCCUUAAGGAUUGUUGCACAUAACACUUCAGGGAGCUUGAGCAGGGUCUCCUCUGACACUUUUAGAUACUUCAAAGGGAGUCGGGGGGGGGGCGAGGCAAUGACCUUCAAUGGUUUGCUCUGUUCCAAUUAUAGAGAACGAGUGUGAGUCUGUGCACUCAUGACUCAAUGAUUGAAACAUCAAGGAGUAACUUGCAUAAAUGAAUAGAGCCAUCACAGAUAUAGCACCAUCAGAGACUGAAUUUUCACUGCAACUCUGGGCGACGGAUGCUUGAGUAAUCAAGGUAUGUGAUGUACACGCAUGUGAAAGUGGAAUCCAUGAGUUUCACCUGGGUUGAGAGAGAGAAAAAGUUUAUCUGAGCAAGAGAGCUGGCCUUACAACCCCUGUGCCUUUACAGGACUGCUGGAAGCAACUGCUUUGGGGAUCACCUCCUAUUUCAUAGUGGGCAUCGCUCCACUGCAGUGCCCCUGCCUUCCUUUGUUGCUGUGGGAUCUCCUGGCCUAAACUAUUAAUUUCCCUGUCUUGCCUCUGUCCAGGUGUUUGGAGCUAUUUCCUAAGUGGGCAGGUAGCUGUGUGGAAGAUCUUGGAUCCCCGAGUGUCACCCUGGCUCAGGUAGAUAUCCUCUUGGAAACAGUGCGAGAUAGGGGGUACCUGGGAACUAUUUUGACAUGGUGAGUCAGAUCUUUAUAUCCCUGCAGCCUAUAGGCCAACUUUGACAGGUGGGCAGGGCCACCCAUCUGUCAGUCAACUGAUGUCAUUACAGUGCCAAGUAACCUAUCAAAAUGGAGCGUUGGGGUGGGGUGGGACGGCUUCUGGAGGGAUUUGGUAAGGCAGCACCCAGCAGGAUGGGAACCUCCACCUGCCCAUCAUGACAUAGACUCUAGUUUGUUGUCAGGUAUUCACAGUGCUUUUUUUCUGGGGGGGAUGCAGGGGUACACAUACCCCAAAACAUUUUGUGAAUCUUUGUACUUUUAUCCAUUCACUGUAUUUAUUUUCCCCAAUUUGAACUAUAAGGUGGUGAUUUUCUUGAGUCAAAAUGAGAGUACCCCUAAACAUUUUUUUAGAAAAAAAGCACUGGGUAUUCAAAUAUGCAAUUCCCAGCUAUUUUUAGGAAGAGCUACACCUUAUCCCUGCCCCCCAUCCUGCUGUUAAUGUGCAUUAUUGGAAUUAUACAUUUAUAGAGUGGGAGGACAUACCUGAAAGACUGUAAUUCAAUGUUCUCUGAAGAGCACAAAUUUUCAAAAAAGUGGGCUCCUUGGCUGGGGAUUCUUGUCAGAGUAUAAGGGAAGGCUACUUUGGAGUUCACUCAUUAGGAAAAUAUAGGGGAGACAGAAUCUCAGGCAGAUCUGCCCAGUUAGAUCACCUCUCCUGCUCUCUAGGUUAGCAGCAUCCGUCCCACCUGGGGAGGGAGGACAAUGACUGAAAGUAACCACCAUCACCAACGGGCAACUAGGGGACGUCGUGGAUCGGGAGCAAAGCAAGGUCAGUGUACGUCUGAUGGGAGAGGGGUGGGUUUCAAAGGCCCUGAGGGUGGGAGAGGGGUGAAACUGCUCCCCUCCUAGUAGUGGGCCAAAUUGAUUGGAUUGAGGUUCCUGCCUGGAUAGCUCAGUUGAUGAGAACAUGUGUGCCAUUGAUUUCCGUGGGAACUUAGCUAAAAAUCACGUCCGGUAAUAUUUUUGUCUGUCUUGAGACUGUUGAUCUUACAAAAAUAGAGGGGGGGGGUAUUCUUAGGCGCUUACAUUUUUUUCCCUGCCUCCCCCUGCCGUUGAUAUUUACAGUGAAGGAAGACAAUGAAGCUUAUAAAAUAGCCAUACCUUUGGACGAGCCGCACCAAAUGGAAUCGCAGACUCAAACUCAGCAACAGUUGUAUUAUGGUCUGAGCCCUCCUCAGAAUUUUGAUGGUGAGAAACAAUACCCCCGCUUCCUGGCAGUAAUAUAUGAACAAAUACCCUUUAACUCUGUGCUAGAUCUCAUUGGGUGACUCAGCACCCAAAGUGCAACUAGGGCAACUAGGUUUUUUUGCCAUUCUUCAGGUAAAUACGCAUCUGCUGUCACUUCCACAAUCAUGGCACUUCUAGAAAGUGACGCCGCCAUUUCAGAAAUCACAGCAGAAAAAGUGGUCUUUGUGGAGUGUAGGUGUGUGCAGGUUCCACACUGCAACAUUUUGUUGUAGACACCGCUUGUUUGCUUUCCAGUUCCCAUUGCAGAGCUCAGCAGUGGUUGUCUUCCACAAUCAAAUCCACAAUCAAACAUUUUGAAUUUCUUAAAUAAGGUGAAACUCAAAUGGGACUAGAGGAGAAUGAUUGGGGGUGGGGAGAGAAAUCAAUUACUGUAUGUGUCAGUUUACUCCUGCUGAAAAUCAAAGUAUUAGAUGCAAAGAAGGCUAUGGCUUCAAUAAGGCAGGUGCAAAUCUCCCUUGCCUCAUUUGCUUCUCACAGGAAGGGCGAGAAGGGUUAGGAAAGGUUUUUGGGCAGAGUUAGGUGCGGGACCUUUGGGUGUUUGAAGAGAAGUGGGGAAGCAAGUAAUUGUGAGCAAGUCAAACUUCCACCGUGACGUGACUGUGCUGCCCUCAGAGACACCGGAGAUGCCAGCUCCCUCGUUGACCCUGGUGACCAGCAUGAGGACUCAGCUGCACAUAGCCCUGGAGAGGAACUCCUGGCUGCAGAAGCGAAUCGAGGACCUGGAGGAAGAACGGGACUUCCUGCGCUGCCAGCUAGACAAGUUCAUCUCCUGCGCCCGUCUGGAUGCUGGUAACUCGAGAACUCUCGAGUUCUCCGGAGGCUGAGUGGGUGGGUGGUGCUUUGCUGGGAGGGGGGCCUUUCAGAUUCUCUUGGAAGGAAGGGCCAGGGGAAUGUCAGCCAAGGCACCUUGGUAGGAGGCAGCGCUAUUUUUCUAGAAAAAGAACUCACCACGAACCCCUCCCUGGUUCUCUUAGAAUGGCAAUGGCAUCCACCUGAGAGGCGCCUGAACGGAGUUCAAGUUGGAGGUCCCUGUGUUAGAGAGUCAAGGGCUGUGUUUUUUGGGGGGUUCUCUGAUUUGAGGAGCUUGCCUCUAGCUGUGCUAUGGCGGGCUUCUGUCUCCCUCUCUGUCUGAUGCAGGCCCAGACAGAGCGCGGGGGGGGGGGGUAUAUGGGCCACUUGGCCCGGGCCUCCGAUUCCAAAGAGGGCCUCGGUCAGCAUAUUCACAAUCACAGGGGAUGCACUGGGGUGAACGUGGAGGCGCAAAGGCGUCCAGGCCCAGACAGAAGGGGGGGGCCACAUUAUCUACCUGGCCCGGGCCUCUGCCUGGCUCUGCAAGACCCUGGUCUGAUGCAUCCUGCCCUUUCCCCUCCGCCCUAGAUGAGCACUGCCGCAGCAAGCAGCUCCCACGGCGGUCCGAGGUGUCUGACAGCCGGAACGGGGAUGUGACUGAUGACGACAGUAUGGGCUCCUGGAUGAGUGCAGGCCCCGAGGAAGGAGGCUCUGCAGAGCACAAGAAGCAGAAAGGAGGGGUCAACAGGCGACGCUUUGCCAAGCCCAAAGUCCGCGAGAGGCAGAGAGGUGAGUGGCAAUGGGGGUGUGUGUCAAAGUAAGGGACCACCAUUUCAGCCUACAGAGCUGAAGGCAGAGGGUCCCUGCCCCCUUCCAUGGCAGAAAUGGGAAAGCUCUUGCUCCCUUUUGUGAGCAGAGACUGGUGAUCUUAAGACUUGAAUGUCUUUCUUUAAAAAAAAACCACAACCUAUUACACAUUAAAAUAAUAGAUCACCAUACAGAAAAGAGAUGCUCUUCCAGGGGACAGAUAUGAACAGAGCUUAUUCCAGCAUAAAAUCACCAUUGCCCUUCUCUAUAAGAAUUCAUUACAAUUUCCUCCACCAACACACAAAAUUCUGCCAGUACUGUGCCCCCAUUUAGCAGUUCCACUGGCUCAGGGACAGCGAUGACCAGGCUAUUGCUGGACCCUAGGCAUCCCCUGUAGGCAGAGCUUCUGGGACUCCAGCUCACUGAGUCAUAGCAGCAAGACAAAUUAUGGGGAAUUUUGUUUCCUCAGCUCACAAAUCUCGUCAGACACCAGGGCUGCAGGAGGAGCCCUGGCCAGGUGCAGCACCUCAAGCAGCACCUGUUGAGAUGGGGAUUCUGUGUUUCAAAUGGAGGAAGUGGCAGUGUGCGUUGGGUCCCCACUCCCAGCUGAUCCUCCUGGGAGCAGUUCGGCAUGGACUGGUCGCCUGGCUGGGCCUGCCAUGCCUUCUGACCCCUCCUUUCCCUCUGGCAGCCCAAGGGAGGGGAGGAGAGGAAUCCUGCCCCUUGGGAGAAACAGGAAUGCCUCUUGAAACGCUGGCCUGUGACUCACCCACCCCUCUAGGUUUUCCCUCACAAAAGCAUCAAGUCUUGAUAAAUUGCUGCAAUAAUAUGUUCUCUCCUUCUUUUUCUUCAUUUCUUGUUCAAUUCUCACAUUUCUCCACCCUCCUCUCCCGUUGUCCUAAUCCUCCACCACUCUUUCCCCCCCUUCCUGUUGCAAACCAACCGGCUGGCCUGCCAUGCACGAUCGCUUGCUUCCAUUUUUCUCCUCCACCUCUUCUUUCUCUCACCUUCCAUCCUUUCUCUCUGCAUAUCCUCCUUUUCUUAUCUAUGGAUGCUGCUCCUCAAUGUUCAACACCUGCAUUACCUGCUUGUUUUACUUACUGUUUUUUGCUUGGUCCCUGGGCUGUUCCCUUUCCUUCCCCCUUCCCUGGUGCUGGUAUAUUUGACUCUAAUUUAUCCCGCCUUCAAUUUCUGCUUCCAUCGGGUCACUGCCUCCUUCUGUCGGUCCUUCCCAUUUCCUGUGAUUUCUGCCUCUCGCAACUCUUGGGUGUUUUCACGAGUGGCCAUGCUUCCCCAUUUCUCCUCCUCAACCCUUUCUCUUGUUCUUUCCCCCACGCUCCUGUCUAUGGGUCGCUGCUGGGGCCCUCUCCUCUGAACCCAACCCCCCCGCCCCCGGUGCAGUCAAAGAUGUGGAUGGGGUGCUGUGCCGCUACAAGAAGAUCCUGUACACUUUCCAGAAGCUGCAAAGCAUGAGCCGGGCCUUUGAGCACCACCGUGUGGACCGUAACACUGUGGCCUUGACCACGCCCAUCGCUGAGCUCCUUAUCGUGGCCCCUGAAAAGGUGGCGGAGGUGGGUGAAUUUGACUCGUCCAAGGAGCGCCUGCUGGAGUAUUCCCGCCGAUGCUUCAUGGCUCUGGACGAUGAGACUCUCAAGAAGGUCCAGGCGCUCAAGAAAAGCAAACUCCUCCUGCCCAUCACCUACCGCUUCAAGCGGAAAACGGACACCCCUGGCCCGGCGGCCAGCAAUUCCUUACCCUCACCCACUACCCCACCCAAACCCCCUCCGCCCAUUGCUGACUGCUUUAAGCGAUGAUUCCCCCUCCUGGCUUUGCCUGAACCCACUUUGACAGCCCUCCAGUCUCUUAUUUCUGUCUAGUUAUUGAGGAAGCUACUGCUGUGCUCCCCUGGGGCUCUUCCUUGUCAGCCCCCUUCACCCUUUCCCGCAGUUUCUAGUGCUAAAGGCAAGCUCUGCCUUUGUAAGGCAAGUGGGAUGCUUUUAUCCUGGCACAAUCAUCUCUUUGGGAAGCAUCAUCUGACCAGGCGCUCCUGUUUAUAUGUCAGCUGGCUAAAGGCUAUGGAGAGAUGAACUGGAUUAAAUUCACUCCAUUUGCUUCCAUCUUAAGAACUGGCAAAAUGACUGCCCAGUGGGAGUAGCAGGGGAGCAGGUUAGUGGGACAGAGUACAUCCCAUGUGUAGGUAAGGUGCUGUGGUGGAGAGGUUGCUUCAGACUGGCUGUGCAGGUACAGUAACACCUAUAGGACCGCCAAGGCAUUCAUCAGAGACGGUGUCUGCUGCCUUGCAAAUAAGCAACUAGGUGACACAUUUUUCUUACACAACACUCCCCUGCAUACUGCUUAUUUGUGGCACGUCAGCAGCCCCAAAGGGCUGAAUAAACAUUGGCAGAAAUUUCCCUGCCUUGUUGCUCGGAGGCCAUUUGUGUUUGCCGUAGGUAAGUGUGUGUGUUUGUGAGCUUGUUUUAACAGCUCCAGAACUUGGGGCAGGGAUGCUCAAGAUGGCUCGGCCUUCCCCUGAAGGCAAUGCCUGUCUCCUUAAGAAGUUAGUGUAGGCAAUGGAUUUACCCGCCUCACGUGCCAUCUCACUGCUCCCCUCCCCUUUCCAGCCUGCUGUGAAGCAAGACUAGAACUGGAGGGCGAUUGCUGAACAGGCUGCAGUGGUCUUGCCUCUUGGCCACUUCCUUUCUUUUUUCUUUUACAUCCAAUGCUACUGGCACCUUCUUAAGCUUUUCUCUUCCUGUUGCCUUUUUGCUAUAACAGUCCUUAGCCUGGAGGAAUGAACUGCAGCAUUUGGCUGCCUCUAAAUAAUUCCCUAUAGUCUCCCAAAGAAAUUCCCACAUCCCAAGGCUUCCUUGCAUCUCUUUACUGCCAUGGACACCACCUGCCCUCUCUCAUGUUUUCCUGUUCCAGGUUCUGAAGCUGGGCUGUGUUUGGUGGCAAGCCAUUUGCACUUCCUUUUUUGCUUCCUGAGACAGAGACUGUGUGCGCCCUCCAACACCUCUGUGGCUUCAAGCUGCCACCUUAUGUGCGAGCAAGGGUUUUGUUUGUUCUCUGCUCCUUUGGGAUGUCUCCUCUUUAUUCAGUGUAAUUAAUGGACUGUUUCCACUGUGCCUGUAUCACCCAGUUUUUUCCUCUGUGUUAAAAAAAUAAUAAUUUAAAAGGAAAAUGUAAAAAAACAACAAUUUACUAAGAGGAUUUAAAUUAAAGCAUUUUGAAUAAAACUC